AUGGAGAAACUCAUAAAAAAGAAAGUUAGUAACGAUAAACAGGGACAAUUUAUCAAACUCCUAGCACCUAGUGUUGCCAUUCAACCUGGUUAUCCGAACAAAUACCACGUUGCCUGUCAUCUAAAACUUUUGAAUAGUUUCAAGGUUCUAAGAGAUAUUACCACCGAGAAGUUUGACAAACCCCAAUACAAAGAUAAGGUAUGGCAGUGCUAUGUAACCCUUGCGACCAGAAGGUUUGCAUUGUUCGUAACAGCUUUGAAGCUAAAGUUCAAGGAGUAUGAUAAGGAAAAGCUCAAUUUCGAAGAAUUCAUGAAUAACUUGUUACCCCCUUUAGAUGUCCUUCUAGUAUGGCAUUCCUUCCUUUUAAACCCAAAAUCAAUGUAUGAUAAUUUCUGCUAUAACGAAUUUGAACGUUUUUUGGGUAUACCGUUCCCACUUGGAAGGGUAGAUGAGUCUAUCUCCAAUGACAAAUUUAUAUUCAUUCCAUCAAUAGACUUGAGUGAUAACUUUAGUGAUUUAAUGACUUUUGCCCUAGAUAAGCUAGGACUUGAAGAAACUUUUAAUUAUAAUGCUUAUGAUGAGAUCCACCCUACCAACAUUGAUAUACCAGUAUAUUGUCCUUGUGGCAAGAAACUAACAACUACAUUUCUUUCAGUCAAGGGGCAAUAUGGAUUUGCUGAUAAGGAAUUUGGGGUCAAAUCGAUUGAUAAUUGUGAUUGUGGUUUCCAUUCGUUUAUUGAUCACACGGAAUUGAGAAAGAGGAAGCUUUUCUUUGAUACCGCCAGCGAUAGACCAUUACCUUCGAUAAAGAAGUAUUAUACUCGAACUCAUAAGACUCUACCUAUAACCGUGGAGUCAGUAGAUGACUCUUCGAAGGCAGAAGUAUACUUAAGUGAGAAGCAGUUUAAAAAUCUUCCAUUGAAACUGUUCAUCGUAGAAUCAAUGAGGAAUUCUAAGCUAACCAAGUAUGAUGCAUUGAUCCUUCGAGAUUAUCUCGAUAUGAAUCCUAUAUCACUGACUAUUCCUCCUGGUGAAUGUACCUUCAGUGUACAAGAAGAUUUAGUGGCAUGCGUUUUAAGACAAGAAAAAUUUGUCAAUAAGAUGGUAAGAUUAGAUUGGAUUCAUUCACCCUUCAUUGAGAUCACUAUUAUUGAGGCCAUGGAGAGAUACCAUAAAUUUUUCUCAUUGAUGGAACAUUCCAAUCAUUCAAUUGUUCCAACUUUGGACAUUGAUUUAGUAUGGCACACUCACCAAUUAUUUCAAUCCAAGUAUUUCGAUUUCUGUCAAGAUAUUGCAGGUUAUAUUAUUGAUCAUAACGAUAAGAUUGAACAAGGGAGACUUGAUGAUGGGUUCGAAAAAACUUGCAAAUUAUACAAGAGCAGAUUUGAUGAAGAAUAUUCUAUAUGUCUCUGUGAGUAUUGCCUGUCUAAGAGAACUAAAACUAGGAAAUUGUUCUCAAGGAAGCCUAAAACUCCAUUGGUAAGUUACCAAUACGAAAGCAUUUAUCAUGUAAGUUCUCAUAAUGCCACCAAUACUCCCACUGAAAGAGGGAUUAGAAAGUUGGAUAAGCUCAAUCAAAAAUAUCAAAAUGUGUCAUUACCCUGGGAAACCGAUAAUGAUUUCAUUAGUAAUAUCCAUAUCAAUGAUUCGUUUGUAAAUUUCGAUCGUUAUGACAAAGAACAUGCACUUUUGUAUAAGAAUGGAGGUUGUGGGACAGUUAUUGAUAAAGCUAGUGCUUGUGGAGGAAUCAAGGGGACUGGUGGUUUUUUCCAAGGAAGUUGUGGAUCAUCGGCUUGUGUAGGAUCAGGUAUUCAAGCAAGACCGUCUGCUUGUGGGGCUUACUCCACAGGAUUUGCCAUGAGUGAUAUAGGAACCAAUUGCGGAACUCAACAUGGUGCAAGUUGUGCUGCCGGUCCUCGUUACAGUGGAGAUAAUGGAACCUCUGGAGGUGGGAGUAGUUGUGGAGGAGGAGGGGGAGGGAGCAGUUGCGGAGGUGGUGGAAGCAGCUGCGGAGGAGGUGGCUCCUCAUGUGGAAGUAGUUAA